GGGCCCAGGCCGGCGGGCGGGCGGCGGCGCGGCGCGGCGCUGCGGCCGGCGGCUCGCGGCCCCGGAGCAGCGGCUGCGCGGGAGGUGGAGCGGCGGAGCGGCAGGCCCGGUGCGGGCUGGAGCGCGGUCGGCGAGCGCACGGGCCGCGACCGCGCAGAGCCCGCCAUGACGGCGCGAGUGUGAGGCGCGGCGAGCCGCGGCCCAGGAGAGCGGCGGGCGCGCCGACCUCUUAGCCCGCAGCGGCCCGGCUGGGGCCGGAUGAGCAGCGGCCUCGGCCUCCAGCGCAGCCCGGAAAUGUCCGGCAAGAUCGAGAAAGCAGACUCUCAGCGUUCUCAUCUCUCCUCCUUCACCAUGAAGCUGAUGGACAAAUUCCACUCUCCUAAAAUCAAGAGAACACCAUCCAAGAAGGGAAAGCCAGCCGAGGUGUCGAAGAUCCCUGAGAAGCCCGUGAGCAAAGAGGCAAGAGACAGAUUUCUACCAGAGGGCUACCCUAUCCCCUUGGAUCUGGAGCAGCAGGCAGUAGAAUUUAUGUCCACCAGUGCUGUGGCUUCCAGGUCUCAGAGGCAGAAGAACCUGUGCUGGCUGGAGGAGAAAGAGAAGGAGGUUGUCAGUGCCUUGCGCUACUUUAAGACCAUUGUGGACAAAAUGGCCAUUGAUAAGAAAGUCCUGGAGAUGCUCCCAGGGUCAGCCAGCAAGGUGCUGGAGGCCAUCUUACCCUUGGUGCAGACCGACCCUCGGAUCCAGCACAGCUCAGCCCUCUCCUCCUGCUAUAGCCGAGUGUACCAGAGCCUUGCCAACCUCAUCCGAUGGUCUGACCAGGUGAUGCUAGAGGGUGUGAACUCGGAAGAUAAAGAAAUGGUGACGACUGUGAAGGGAGUCAUCAAAGCUGUGCUGGAUGGAGUGAAGGAGCUAGUAAGGCUAACCGUUGAGAAGCAGGGGCGGCCAUCACCAACAAGCCCAGUGAAGCCCAGUUCCCCAGCCAGCAAGCCUGAUGGCCAGUCGGAGCUCCCUCUGACAGAUCGAGAAAUGGAGAUUCUGAACAAGACGACAGGCGUGUCACCAUCCUCUGAACUGCUCCCAGACUCCACUAGUGAAGAAGUCGCACCCCCCAAGCCCCCUUUACCUGGAAUUCGGGUGGUUGAUAACAGUUUGCCUGGCUUUUCUGUGUCUUCUAGUCCACCAGCAUUGCCACCCAAGAAAAGGCAGUCAGCCCCAUCCCCUACCCGGGUGGCUGUGGUAGCCCCUAUGAGUCGAGCCACCAGCGGCUCCAGUUUGCCUGUUGGAAUCAAUAGGCAGGACUUUGAUGUUGACUGUUACACCCAGAGGCGCCUGUCUGGAGGCAGUCGCUCUUGUGGCGGGGAGUCUCCUCGCCUGUCCCCCUGCAGCAGCACCGGCAAGCUCAGCCGGUCAGACGAGCAGCUGUCCUCCCUAGACAGGGAUAGCGGGCAGUGCUCGAGGAACACAAGCUGUGAAACACUAGAUCACUAUGACCCUGACUACGAAUUCCUCCAACAAGACCUCUCCAACGCAGACCAGACCCCACCACAGGCGGCCUGCAGCCUCAGCCCACUACCAGAGUCCCUGGGGGAGUCUGGGCCUCUAUUGCUUGGCCGUCUUUUCCAGCUGCCUCAGGGCAACUGUCCCCAGCAGGAGGGGCAGCAAACAGACACUCCACCUGCCCUUCCUGAGAAGAAGCGCAGGAGUGCAGCCUCCCAGACCACGGACAGCUCUGGCUGCAGGGUGUCCUAUGAGCGACACCCCUCACAGUAUGACAACAUCUCAGAAGAUGACCUGCAGAACCCGGUCCAGCCCAUGUCCUACACACCCUUUGCUGCUAUCCUCCCCUUUCAGCAGGGAGCUUCCUCAGCCCCUGUUGAGUUUGUGGGUGAUUUCAAUGCUCCUGAGUCAGUGGGUGACCCAGAGAAGCCACCUCCUCUACCAGAGAAGAAAAACAAACACAUGCUGGCCUACAUGCAGCUGCUGGAGGACUACUCCGAGCCACAGCCAUCCAUGUUCUACCAGACACCGCAGAGUGAGCACGUCUACCAGCAGAAGAACAAGAUGCUCAUGGAGGUCUAUGGCUUCGGUGACUCCUUCUGCGGUAGCGACUCCACGCAGGAGCUGGCCCCCCCACCCGCCCUGCCCCCCAAGCAGCGGCAGCUGCAGGCCUCCUAUGCUGCUUCUUCCUUCUCUGUCUCCUACUGUGUCCAGCAAACUAAAGUGGCCUUCACCCCCGAGGACGGCAGUGCCACUCAGGGCCUCAGUGUAUCCGUGUCUAACUCCUUUCUCAACCGGCACGGCAGCUUGCCUGUGCCCUCGUACAAAUCUGUGUUUAGGUCUUACUCCCAGGACUUCAUGCCUCACCACCAAGCCUCCGUCCAACCUUUCCUUCCGCCUACCUCCUCUUCCUCUCCACAUUUCCCAUCUGUCCACGCGUCCCAGAGCUCGGACUUAGCGGUGCCCACCGUAAGCAGUCCGCCUCCCAGCACCGUGGACGGGCCUCUCUCAUCUUCUCAGGACAGCAGCUUUCAUGGGAACCCUGUCCGCCUUCCUUCCGAAACCUCUUUCACUGACUCGAGUGAAUACGCCACCAGUGAGGAAGCUGGUGGCGGUGAAUAUGUCAAUCUGUACUCCUCUGGCCAGACCAGCGAGGAGCUGGCUCUCUCUCGAGGAGAACCACCAUCUGGGAAAGACGGGCAUCCCAGAGAUCCCUCGGCCAGUGCAUCUGGGAAGGACAGCAGAGAAAAUGGGGAGAGGUCCCCAAAGUCACUGGAUGCUCUGGAGUCAGCCCAGUCAGAAGAGGAAGUGGAUGAACUGUCCCUCAUUGACCACAAUGAAAUUAUGUCCAGACUGACACUCAAGCAAGAGGGUGAUGAUGGGCCAGAUGUUCGCGGAGGUUCAGGAGACAUCUUACUGGUCCAUGCUACUGAGACAGACAGAAAAGACCUAGUGCUGUACUGUGAAGCCUUCCUGACCACCUACAGGACCUUCAUCAGCCCGGAGGAGCUCAUCAAGAAGCUGCAGUACCGAUAUGAGAAGUUCUCUCCCUUUGCUGAUACGUUCAAAAAGCGAGUCAGCAAGAACACGUUCUUUGUGCUGGUGCGAGUAGUGGAUGAGCUCUGCCUGGUGGAGCUGACAGAAGAGAUCCUGAAGCUGCUGAUGGAGCUAGUCUUCCGCCUAGUGUGCAGUGGAGAGCUCAGCCUGGCCAGAGUACUUCGGAAGAACAUUCUGGACAAGGUGGACCAGAAGAAGCUGCUCAGGUGUGCCCAUUCCGACCAGCCUUUGGCAGCCAGGGGUGUUGCAGCCAGGCCAGGGACCUUGCAUGAUUUUCACAGCCAUGAAAUCGCAGAGCAGCUGACACUGCUGGAUGCUGAACUUUUCUAUAAGAUAGAGAUUCCUGAAGUUUUGCUUUGGGCCAAAGAGCAGAAUGAAGAGAAGAGCCCCAACCUGACCCAGUUCACGGAGCACUUCAACAACAUGUCCUACUGGGUACGGUCCAUCAUCAUGCUGCAGGAAAAGGCCCAGGACCGGGAGAGGCUGCUCCUCAAGUUCAUCAAGAUCAUGAAGCACCUGCGCAAGCUGAACAACUUCAACUCCUACCUGGCCAUCCUCUCAGCGCUGGACUCGGCGCCCAUCCGCAGACUGGAGUGGCAGAGGCAGACCUCAGAGGGCCUGGCUGAGUACUGCACAUUGAUUGACAGCUCAUCCUCCUUCCGAGCCUACCGGGCUGCCCUCUCAGAGGUUGAACCCCCAUGUAUCCCGUACCUAGGCCUGAUCCUGCAGGACCUGACCUUCGUUCACCUGGGAAACCCAGACUAUAUUGAUGGGAAAGUGAACUUCUCCAAGAGGUGGCAACAGUUCAACAUCUUGGACAGUAUGCGAUGCUUCCAGCAGGUGCACUAUGAAAUCCGGAGAAACGACGACAUCAUAAACUUCUUCAACGACUUCAGUGACCACCUGGCUGAGGAGGCCCUAUGGGAACUCUCUCUGAAGAUCAAACCCAGGAACAUAACAAGGCGGAAAACAGACCGCGAAGAGAAGACCUAGGGGCAGGCUGGCUAUGAGAACGCUCGAGCAGCCAGGAGAGGACCUGGAGCGAGUCCCGGCCUCAGAGCCUGUCCUUCCACGGCUUGGCUGUGUGGCAGCGCCCAAGCCUGCUGGCCGGAUUCCUGCCUCCCUCUCUGGGGCUACAGCCCCAGGGUUCACAACGAGCUGACCGGCAGGCCUCAGGACUGGCUUGUGCACUGGUGGCCCCUGGUCUGGUUUUGUUUCCUGUUUUCUGUCUGCUGCCUCCUGUUCUCUACUGUCCCCUCCAGCUGGAGAGCAGCAGAGAUCCAGGCAGCAGACCAGGGGAAUGGCGGGCUUGACCCCUCCCAAAGCUGUCCUAGGCUUCUUAAGUGACACAAGAGUAGAGGCCCUAGGUCUCUUGGGUGGGCUGUCCUCCAGUGCGCCUGGAGUCAGAAGAGAUGGGAAGCAGAAGAUAGAAAAGGGCCAUGGCAGGAAUCUUUUGCCAUUUAAACAUGGAGGAUGAGGCAUUUAGACCCAGCCCAGAAAGUAUGAUGGGUACUAGGUAACAGCCACAGAGCUGGCCCUCCUCACAGUAUUGGCUCCAGAUUUGUCCUGCCAUGCCCGGCCCACUAAGACUGCGUGCUAGACCGUGCUGGCCUCCAGAAGCACCUUCCGUCCUGUUCCCCACCACUGGUCUAGCCCCAGCCCACAUCAUUGGCACUCUGGGGAUCAGGAAGCAGAGGCAGAAGGGAAAAUUCAUGCUGAUCUGGGCCAAGGCUGUGCUUGUGAAUGGAUCAGAGUGAGAAUCUUUAGUGACCUGGGGAGAGGCAAGCAGCCCCUCCGUGCUUGCUGUGUGCCUUAAAUGCCGCCUCCUGUCCCUUCCAGGCCUAUAUGCUUCCCUCCUAUUUUGCCCAACCCCUAGCAGCCAGCAGGCUCCUAGUCCCUUUUUGCUGCCUGGGAAUAUCUGUUAUACCCAAGAGGCAGAGCAGGCAGGCCUGGGAUGGGAGGGCCACCAGGACCCUCCUGACUCCAGGCAGAGGGCCUCUUUCCUUGGUCUAGAGCCACCCACUGCUGCUGAGGUUGACAAUCUGUUCAGGGCUCGGUGCUGGGGUCUCCCUGGCUGUGGCUCCAUGCCCACCACUUUGGGCUAGUUGACAGGUGCUGCUGGCCCUGCCCCAUGCUGCAGUUCAGUGCUGCAUGGACAAGCACCCAUUUCUUCUGGCCAUGGGGCUUGGUCAAGUGGAUACCAAGAUCUCUGUGCUUCCUCAACCCAGUUAUCACAGCAGAAGGAAAGAGCAAGAGCUGCUGGCCGGAUCACUCUGAACCCUUCCUGGGUCUUUUAGCAUCUUUUAUCAAAAAGGAACUAUGGGUUCUUUUCCCCACCCCCUCCUGUUUAUUUGUGCUGUAAAUAGAGAGGGGACAUCUGCGGACAGCCCCGUGGCCCGCUCCCCUCCGGCAGCAGCCGCCCAUGAAUUGUUUAAGGCGUGUAUGUGGAGUCAGGCUUGUGAGCCGCGUAGUGUGGGUCUUUGGUUUGUUCCUCUUUUGCAGGUCCUUUCAUUUCAGUCUUUGCCUCCUGCUUCCUGUCCUUCACCAGCUCUGAGUGUUGCUGUGUUGAGUGGGGAGCACUGUGCAUACAGGCCCCUCCUCCCAGCCUCCUCCAUAGCACAGGCCAACAGUCAGGCCUAGCCUACUGGUGCUGCAGCAGACAGAGCAGGCUCCCAAGCAUGAGCUGGGCGGAAAGGAAGGCUCAUCUUCCAGACCCAGAAGAGCGAGGCCCUCCUGCAAUCCUGGGCCUUUGGCAGGCUAGGCAAAGGGCCAGGGCAACUCUGGAGUCUGGGGCCCUCGAAGUGCGACGUAUGGGUUUAACUUAUUAGCCACCAGGCUUCCCCAGUCACCUGCAGCUGAGCCCAGCGCUCACUGCAGCCUGGCUUCCACGUGUCUGUUUCUUGGGGGUUGGAGGCUGGGGGAGCUGUGAGAAUCAGUCUUUGUAGACAUACUCAGCAGCAUGGACAAUUGAGUUGGCCUUACCUGCAGGUAUGGUCUGGCCAAGGCUAGGGCAAGCAGAUGCCACAUCUGGCUGACCCUAGAACCAAGACACCCGCCCCGUCUCCCAGUGUGACACUGUAAUAUAAACCCCCACUAACCUGUCUGACAGUGCAUCUUCCUACAAGCGCGCAACUUUUAUAUAAAAGAAAAAUAAACAGACAGAAGCCUGUCUGAUGCCA